AUGGCAGCAGGAGUAGCAGCGUGGCUGCCUUUUGCCCGAGCAGCAGCAAUAGGAUGGAUGCCAGUGGCCUCCAACCCUAUGCCAAAUGCACCUCGGCAGGAGAGGAAAUGUAGCCAGGAUUCUCUGAUUGUGCUGAAUGUGAGUGGCACCCAGUUCCAGACCUGGCUGGACACCCUCGAACGCUAUCCUGAUACCCUUCUGGGCAGCUCGGAGAGAGACUUCUUCUACCACCCAGAGACACAGCAAUACUUUUUCGACCGGGAUCCAGACAUCUUCCGACACAUCCUCAAUUUCUAUAGAACAGGGAAGUUACACUAUCCCCGUCAAGAAUGCAUUUCAGCCUAUGAUGAGGAGCUGGCCUUCUUUGGUAUUAUCCCUGAAAUCAUUGGCGAUUGCUGCUACGAGGAAUACAAGGAUCGACGACGGGAAAAUGCUGAACGCCUUCAGGAUGAUGCUGAUCAGGAUAACGCCAAUGAGUGCCAUCUUCCUUCCAUGACCGCUCGAGAGAGGAUGUGGCGGGCCUUUGAGAAUCCACAUACCAGCACACUGGCCCUGGUUUUUUACUACGUCACUGGCUUUUUCAUUGCUGUUUCUGUCAUGGCGAACGUGGUGGAGACUGUGCCCUGUGGGAUGACUCCUGGUGCCAUCAAGGAGUUGUCCUGUGGAGAGCGCUACGACGUGGCUUUCUUCUGCCUAGAUACAGCUUGUGUCCUGAUCUUCACUGUUGAGUAUCUCUUGCGCUUGGUGGCUGCUCCAAGCCGCUAUAAGUUUGUCCGUAGCGUCAUGAGCAUCAUUGAUGUUGUGGCAAUUAUGCCAUAUUACAUUGCUCUGGUGAUGACCAACAAUGAGGAUGUCAGUGGGGCUUUUGUAACCCUGCGUGUCUUCCGGGUCUUCAGGAUCUUUAAAUUUUCACGCCACUCACAGGGUCUACGCAUCCUUGGCUACACUCUGAAAAGCUGUGCCUCAGAGCUUGGUUUUCUCCUUUUUUCUCUCACUAUGGCCAUCAUAAUCUUUGCUACAGUCAUGUUCUAUGCUGAAAAAGGUUCAUCUGCCAGCAAGUUUACCAGUAUUCCUGCUGCUUUCUGGUAUACCAUUGUUACUAUGACCACCUUGGGGUAUGGUGACAUGGUGCCGAAGACAAUAGCUGGGAAGAUAUUUGGUUCCAUUUGUUCUCUCAGCGGGGUCUUAGUCAUUGCUCUUCCAGUUCCAGUCAUUGUCUCCAACUUCAGUCGCAUCUAUCAUCAGAACCAACGAGCUGAUAAGCGCAGGGCACAAAAGAAAUCCCGGCUUGCAAGGAUCCGUGCAGCAAAGAGCGGGAGUGCAAAUGCUUAUAUGCAGAGCAAACGAAAUGGCUUCCUCAGUAACCAGCUGCAGCUAUGUGGUGAAGAACAAGAGGCCUUUGUUAGCAAAUCUGGUUCUUCCUUUGAAAUCCAGCACCACCAUCUGCUUCACUGUCUGGAAAAAACUACGAGUCAUGACUUUGUGGAUGAGCAAACCUAUGAAGAAAACUGUAUGGAGGUUUCUACAGUCAACCGGCAAGCUGGCCACAGUCCUUCUCUUUCAUCUCAACAAGGAGUGACAAGCUCUUGCUGUUCCCGACGACAUAAAAAGACAUUCCGCAUCCCAAACACCAAUAUAAUCAGUAGCCAUCCAAGUAGUGUCCAAGAACUCAGCACUAUUCAGAUCAGGUGCAUGGAAAGAACACCUCUGUCAAACAGUCGAUCCAGUUUAAAUGCCAAAAUGGAAGAGUGUGUAAAACUAAACUGUGAGCAGCCUUACGUAACCACAGCAAUAAUCAGCAUCCCAACACCACCUGUGACUACCCCGGAAGGAAACAAUAGACAGGAUUCUCCAGCGUAUUCAGGAGGAAACAUCGUCCGAGUAUCUGCUUUAUAA